AUGUUGUCUAUAGAACAAAUAUAUGCUUUGAAUUCUGCUAAAGCAGGCCAUAAUCUCUUAAUAUGUGGUCAGGCUGGCACGGGAAAGACGUACGUUGUAAAAAGGAUUGUAAAUGACUUGAAAAGGAGUCGGAGCUUAGCAUUGUUGUGCACGACAGGUAUUGGGUGCAUGCAGUACGCUGACAUGGGGGCUACAACUGUACACAGUUUUGCUGGAUUGAAAGAUGGUAGACAUGAUGUGCUUACUUUGGAAAACCUGGUGAAAUAUGAUGACAAAUAUCACAAGGUUCGUGAAAAUGUAGCUAGGUGUGAAACAUUGAUUGUGGAUGAAAUUUCAAUGCUAUCCAUGAAAGAUUUUGGACAGUUAGAGCUAGUUUGUAGAAUAUGUCGCAACAGUAAAAUGUUGUUUGGAGAGAUAAAGGAAACCCAUAGGUUAAGUCGUAAGAAAUUCACACAGUUUAGCAUUUCUAAGAAUUGUGUUGUAGCCGAACGUGAGCAGUUUCCCUUAUGUCUUGGCUAUGGACUUACAAUACAUAAAUCACAAGGUAUGACUCUUGAAAAUGUUGUUGUUCAUUGCAAUGGUAUUUUUGAAGCCGGACAACUCUCUGUUGCAAUAGGACGUGCAGUUUCAUCAAAGGGCCUAUGUUUGAUUGGUUAUAGAAGAGGACUCUGCAUUCAGCCUAAACCUGUUAUAACAGCUUUUUAUG